GUGACGUCAGUCGCUGUGGGUGAAGACCCGGAACCGGCAGGCGUAGCAUUCUGUGAGUACCGUCGCUGCCGGAGCCUCCGCUAUGAGCUGCACCAUCGAGAAGAUCCUGACCGACGCCAAGACGCUUCUGGAGCGACUCCGGGAGCACGACGCGGCCGCCGAGUCCCUGGUGGAUCAGUCGGCCGCCCUCCAUCGGCGGGUGGCCGCGAUGAGGGAGGCGGGCGCCGCGCUGCCGGACCAGCAGUACCCGGAGGAUGCGGCGGAACUGAAAGACGCGUCCAAAUACAAGCCGCACAUCCUGCUGUCCCAGGAGAACACGCAGAUCCGGGAGCUGCAGCAGGAGAACCGAGAAUUGUGGAUUUCCUUGGAGGAACACCAGGAUGCUUUGGAACUCAUCAUGAGCAAAUAUAGGAAACAGAUGCUACAAUUAAUGAUUGCUAAAAAAGCAGUGGAUGCUGAACCUGUCUUGAAAGCACACCAGUCUCAUUCUUUAGAAAUUGAAAGUCAGAUUGAUAGAAUCUGUGAAAUGGGAGAAGUAAUGAGGAAAGCUGUUCAGGUGGAUGACGACCAGUUUUGUAAGGUUCAGGAAAAACUAGCUCAACUAGAGCUUGAAAACAAGGAGCUUCGGGAACUGUUGUCCAUCAGUAGUGAGUCUCUCCAGGUGAGGAAGGAAGACUCAAUGGAGAGUGCUUCCCAAGUCACCAAAUAAUGCUCACCUUUUGAACAACUGCUGGAGAGUACCCUGAAGGGAAGGGAAUUGGUAGUUAUUUGCUCUGUGUGUGUUGUCUGUUCAUUGUCAUCUUCCUGCCUCAGGUUUGAUUUGGGGCCCAAGGUACCAGGUGGCAGCUUGAUUGCUUGUCAAAGUCUACUUCUUACAAAUAUUCUUAUAUGUCAUUGAAGGCGUUAUGACUUUCAUUGAGCUGUCUCCACUUCUUUUUCCAGGAGAUGACUUUUGCUUCACUUUUCAUUUUGGGACCUCAGUUUUUCCAAACUAUGUUUCCAUCUUAGUUUUUUUUUUCAUAGCUCCAACAACUAGAGCAUUUCAUUAUGAGCCAUCAUAAUUACUUUUAAGUUAGUGAAAUGGAAUUCCAAACAAAAUGUAACAAUUCAGAGCUAUUUGGUUUGGAAAUAGAUUUUGGUAAUUUAGCCAGAAUAAUAUUCUUAAAUAGAGCAAAACUAGCAGUUUAUCUUUUUGUAGUACUGUUUAAUUUCCCUAAUGUUUUAAAACUCUUUGGUGCUAGGAAUUGGGGCUUUGUGACCUAGUGUCCUCACUCUUAUUUUGAGAGUACCUAUUAUAGCCAAUCUCAAGAAAACAUACUUGAAAAUUAUAGUAUAUUGUGUCAGAGAUAGUAAAAUUGUUAUGUGAUUAAAACCAUGGUGUUUUUUUUAAAAUCUUAUAUUUCACAUUGUACUCAGUUCCAAGGCUUAAAGUAUUUUUUCCCUAACAGCUGUGUAGAGUCUAUUUUUUAACCUUGUCUGCCUAAAAUUUUUGAUCUGUUGGAAGUCAGCCAGCUAGAUUUAAGGCAUCUUCUCAACCUCCAGUUUUUAAUAACUUUUUUUAAAAAUUGAAUACAGGUGUGGUUCUAUAAGUUCCCACCUUUCACAUGAAUUGACAGGAGUUCUCCACAUUCCUGUUUUGCUGUUUUCACCUUGAUGUUUUCCCUAAAAGUUCCGUGGAGGAAAAAUUAUAAAUUAAAAUUCCCAUUUGGGGAGAUUGAUGAUUUCCACUUCAAUUUCAAACACUUAUCCAACCCGUAAAAAUCAUACUUUAGCACAGUGGUAUCUUAAUAUUUCUUGAGGGUCUCCUAUUGGUUUCUAAACUUGAAGAUCAUUUAAUGCUGCUGCAUAAAAUCUUUGGUUUUAAAGUCAAGUUCUUCUACCAUGUUUCAUGGUAAUAUAUUUCUUAUACAUACUGUCUUAUCUUCCCACCCUGUAGUUGCCACUGUCCUUUGAUCACAUCUUACCCCCAAGACUACUCUUGGGAAUUUAACUCACCUUUAGGAAGCAGUAUUCAAAUAGUUUUGAGAUUCAGUUCAAGAAGUCCAGCCUUCAUAAACACUCAGCAUAACUUAGUGUCACACAGAGUACAUCAUCUGAAAGAGCUUAUUGUGAAGUGUUUUGUGAUAGGUUUCUUUUGCACAAUCACAAAGAAUUUUAUUGCUAUCAUUAGAGCACUUUACUUUCAGCUCCAAGAUCAAAAUAUCCCCCAGAAAUCACGUGUUUCUGAGUCCCAGUGAUGCCAAUUUAUUUUUCCUGUUGAUGGUGUUUAGAGGGACAGACUCAUUUAUGCUUUGAGAACUGGCUAUUCAGUAUCUGAAUACAAUUUUAUUGAAAGCACUAUUGUCCCUUUGUGCUAAAUAUGUCUUCUUAUCCAACAGCAAAUGAAUUUUUAGUCCAACUUUUUUAUGCCUUAAAGUAUGCCAUCGGUGCCACUUGGAGUCAUACUAAUAGGUAACCCUGCUCUUUCUUUAUUGACCAUUGUCAUAUUUUAGUGGAAUUGUUCAUUGCUAUAAAGUCAAGUCACUUGUUAAGGUGUUUAACAUGGUGUUUACUACACUGUGGUUCUCUGUCAUCUGUCUUUUACUAUUGGAGCCAUUUGAAAUAGCUCUUUACAUCUCAGGUUGAAUAAAUCUGUACAGUGAGUGGUUUAUCCUCCCUCCCCUUUAAAAAAUAAAAUAAAAGUCUUAAAAUGUGUUUCUGAUUGAAAGUAAUUUACAGUGCUUUCAGCUCUUAAACAUGAGAAAUAUUCAUAUGAAAAUUUAUUUUAAUGUAGUUUUUAAGAGGGUAAUAAUAGAAAUUAUGAAGCCAGACAAAAAUAAAGAUGAUGGUACCAUUUGGCAAUCUCCUUGUGGAAAUUAGUAUUCGAAUACAAAAAAUGAGGAAAUAUAUAUCUUUGUGGGUAAAACCUGAAAAUGUGGGAUACACGAGGAUCCACAUUGGAUACCUGUAAAGAUAAUCUUGCCUUUAAAAACUGCCACUUCUUGUGACUGUGCCUUAGUUUGUCUUGUAUUCAUAUGGGAGGUUUGCCUGAAACUUUUAAGAAAAUCUAUUCCUUUCUGAUACCCCAUGUUUAAAAUACUGUUAAAUUUUCUAGAAGUCCAUUAGCACACAAAAAUUUUUGAAGUUUACCAUUUUUCCACAAAUAUCCAGCCUAAUAGAGUUAUAUUAAAAAAUGGAUGUUCCUUUUUAUAAAUUUAAAAAAUUUAACUUUUAAAAAAUACAUAUUUCUUUAGUGCCAGCACACAAUCUGUAUUGCGUAUCUCAUAUAGUAACUGCCUGAAAUUAUCUGAAUUUGGAACAUCUUGAAGAAUUCUGAUUUUCUAACAAAGUGUUUGGAUCG